CGUCUCUCCCAGCUUCACGUGAAGCAGAAGCACUUUCACAUACGAAAUCGAGCGCCCGAGCACCGUCGUGAGCGUCUCUUGGCUGCGCUCUCUCUCUCUCGCUCGCUCUCUUCUUCGGCUCUCUUCACCAUGGGAAGACCUCCCAGCAAUGGCGGCCCUGCCUUUCGUUUCUCGCCUCCCGAGGUUACUGAGAUGGAAGCUAUUUUACAACAACACAACAAUACCAUGCCGGCACGUGAAGUUCUUGUAGCUCUUGCGGAGAGGUUUAGUAAUGCACCCGAACGGAAAGGGUUAGCUGUGCAGAUGAAGCAAGUCUGGAAUUGGUUCCAGAAUAAACGGUAUUCAAUCAGGGCAAAAACAACUAAGGUUCCUGGAAAGUUAAAUGUUUCUCCUUUUACUCGGGAUGACUCGAUUCCAGUGAGGAAUGUCAUGCAACCUAUGGCUGCUCCAGUUUCUGCACCUAUUCCUGCUCCAACUGGUAGGCCCCGGCAUGUUUCAGGAUGGAUCAUUCCAAGUGCAGGAAGGGCUGCUUCGGAUAAUGUUAUGGAGUUUGAAGCUAAGUCAGCUAGGGAUGGUGCAUGGUAUGAUGUUUCGACCUUUUUGGCACACAGGAAUUUGGAGACUGGUGACCCGGAAGUAUUAGUAAGAUUUUCUGGUUUUGGAGCUGAAGAGGAUGAGUGGGUUAAUAUUCGUAAGCAUGUCAGGAUGCGCUCUCUCCCUUGUGAAGCAUCGGAAUGUGUUGCUGUUCUUCCGGGAGAUCUCAUACUUUGUUUUCAGGAAGGUAAAGAUCAGGCACUGUACUUCGAUGCUCAUGUCCUUGAUGCACAAAGACGAAGGCAUGACGUAAGAGGUUGUCGAUGUCGAUUUUUGGUGCGUUAUGACCAUGAUGAAUCAGAGGAAAUCGUGCCCUUAAGAAAGGUGUGCCGGCGGCCUGAAACUGACUACAGGCUGCAGCAGCUGCAUGCAACUGAUUCGGCCACUGCAGACCAGCCGAAAACUGGCGUAGGCUCAUCAACUGGCUUGACCCCUCGAACUGUCAGUUCUUCUGCUGAAAUGCCACAAAAGCAGCAAGUGACAGGCGCAUCUCCCAUAACCCCUAUUUCGCACGAAAGUGUGCCAUCAGCUAUUGUAGCAGCUAAUGUGGAAAGAAAAGCUACUCCCGAAGCCAGCAGCAUAAUCCAAGCCGGAAGUCCUAACAUGCCUGCCAGCGUUGUUACGGUUAGCAGCGCCGCUCCUGCCGUCUCUGCUGACCAAGCACAGGAAGGGAAAUAGGUCUUUUGUCAUACAAAUUCUCGCACAAAAAAAGAAAUUCUUCCUCUUCUUUUUGCGCUUUCAUUUCUGUGGAUAGCAGCGAUACUCUUGAACUCUUUUGGUGGCCGAGUGAUCAUUCUGCUGGUGGCCUUCA